AUGGGUCUGUGCUACAGCCUGCGGCCGCUGCUCUUCGGCGGCCCGGGGGACGCGCCCUGCGCCGCCUCGAGCGCCGAGCAGGACGCCGCCGCCCGCCCCGGCCCCGCCCCGGCCGGCCCGCGCUUCCGCUGGGGCGGCCCCACGGGAAGCCCGGCGCGCGCCGAGGAGCGCGAGGCCGCGCGGGACGCGAGGAGGGUCAGCCGCGGCAUCGACCGCGCGCUGCGCCAGCAGGAGCGCGACCUGCGGCGGACGCACCGGCUGCUCCUGCUGGGGGCUGGCGAGUCUGGGAAAAGCACCAUCGUCAAGCAGAUGAGGAUCCUGCACGUCAAUGGGUUUAACCCCGAGGAAAAGAAACAGAAAAUUUUAGACAUUCGGAAAAAUGUUAAAGAUGCCAUUGUGACGAUUGUUUCGGCCAUGAGCACUAUCAUCCCUCCAGUUCCUCUGGCUAACCCUGAAAACCAGUUCAGAUCAGACUACAUCAAGAGCAUAGCCCCCAUCACUGACUUUGAAUAUUCCCAGGAAUUCUUUGAUCAUGUGAAAAAACUUUGGGACGAUGAAGGCGUGAAGGCGUGCUUUGAGAGAUCCAACGAGUACCAGCUGAUCGACUGUGCACAGUACUUCCUGGAAAGAAUUGACAGUGUCAGUCUGGUUGACUACACACCCACAGACCAGGACCUCCUCAGAUGCAGAGUUCUGACAUCCGGGAUCUUUGAGACACGAUUCCAAGUGGACAAAGUGAACUUCCACAUGUUCGACGUCGGCGGCCAGCGGGAUGAGAGAAGAAAGUGGAUCCAGUGCUUUAACGACGUCACCGCUAUCAUUUACGUCGCGGCCUGCAGCAGCUACAACAUGGUGAUCCGGGAGGACAACAACACCAACAGGCUGAGAGAAUCCCUGGACCUCUUUGAAAGCAUCUGGAAUAACAGGUGGUUACGGACCAUUUCUAUCAUCUUGUUCUUGAACAAACAGGAUAUGCUGGCAGAAAAAGUCUUGGCAGGGAAAUCAAAAAUUGAAGACUAUUUCCCAGAGUAUGCCAAUUACACCGUUCCUGAAGAUGCAACCCCAGAUGCAGGAGAAGAUCCCAAAGUUACAAGAGCCAAGUUCUUCAUCCGGGAUCUGUUUUUGAGGAUCAGCACGGCCACAGGCGACGGCAAACACUACUGCUACCCUCACUUCACCUGCGCCGUGGACACGGAGAACAUCCGCAGGGUGUUCAACGACUGCCGCGACAUCAUCCAGCGGAUGCACCUCAAACAGUACGAACUCUUGUGAGGACGCCCUCCUCCUGCGGCCGCCCUGCCCGCCACAGGCCCGUCUCCGCCGGACUGCUUGUCCGCCAGCCCCAGCCAUGGUAGGAGGUAGUGCGUGUCCAGUUCCAUCUCGCUGCCGUCUGUCCUGCUCCGCGUCUGCCCCGUGGGUGACCCCCAAGCCUCUGGCUACCUCUGCCCGCCCCCACCCCGUUUGGUUUCGCAGCUUGUUUUCAUUGAACACAACCUUCUGCAGCGCCCCCACCGUCAACUCCUACUCGGUGGCACUGCAGAGAAAUCCCUGUGGGUCAGGGCCCUUCAUUCAUUCAUUCAUUCAUUCAUUGAAUCAUUGAGAACUCAGCAGCUGGGGAGAAAAUGCAUUUUUUCCGGGUUACCAAACAUGGCUGCAAAAGUGUGUGCCGGGCAGUGAACCACAGCCCUUUCCGAUUUCCCUCUGAAGCUGCAGGCUGGCAAGGGACUAUUCCUUCUGGUCUGCCUCAGCCUAGUAUGCAGAAUACAUGCCAAGCAACGUGACAAGAAACCCUUCAUAGUUAGAGACGCUGCCAGCCUCAGGCAUUUGGAUCAGAGCUACUUCGAGCUACUUCACAUUUAGGCAGAAAAACUACUGCAAAAUGUGGCCUGUCUAAAAAUGGUUCUCUCAACUUCCCCAGUCCCUUGGGCAUAGGCUUGUUCCGUAGACUUUCUGUGCUGUUGUUUCAUUGCUGGUUUAUUAUACUGUACAGACCACAAAAUGUAACAUUCUUUUGUAGAACUACUAAAGAAAAAUCCUUGUAGAUCUUUGUGCCUUGAUCCUGGCUAUACCUGUACAAGAAACGUGUUUUCAUUGUGCUGAAUAGCUUAAUGUCGACAUUUCCUGCCACUCACUCUGAAAAAGAGAACAAAUGAUAUCCGUAGAAUUCAGGAUAUUUUAUCAGGUUGGUACUUUAUAAAAGACUCCCUGAUUUAAAAAAAAAAAAAAAAGCUGUACGUUAUAGGCAUUAAUAAUCCACAUCUUACCAACAACGUUGUACCAACUUGGCGAGUUGCCGCAGCCUCCUGCUGGCCCUUCUCGGAGCCUCAGCUGUCAAACAUGAACUCAGUUCAAGGUACAAAUUUCAAUCGAAUCUUCUUUCAGGGAACCAGAAGUUUUUUUUUUCUCUCCAAACACUAUUUUUCUUGAUUAUUUUGCUCGUUAAAGACUUCUCAGUAACUCCCUUAAGUCAAAGCUUUGGACACAGGCUCCCUCACACAAGUAAACAAACAGCAAGAGAAAAACAAAGCGGUAUCAAACGUUUGUGUGUGGCCUAGGAGAAUAAGGAUGGCAUCUCCAUUUGUAUUUUGAAGAAGAAAUAUUACAAAACCUUUUUUUGAAAUAUAAAGUCAAAAUACACG